UACGUCACGUGAUCAACAUGGCGGCGAAGACAAACGGUUUACUAUUCGAUUAAUGACUGUUUUGUACGAUAAAAAAUCAACCUGGUAAUAGGUUUUGCUAGAGGCGAUUCGUUAUCCCAUUGAUGUACAAAUGUCUUUGACAAUGCAACAAACUCGUAGGGAAACUUCGGGGCAUUUGCAUCACAAUUCUGGUGCCGUGAAAACUAGUCGCUCAGUUGCAGCUAGUUCGGUUGGUACUGGUACAUCUAGUAGUUUUUCGUCAACUUUUGGUGCAAGGGGGACUAAAAACGCAAGUUCCUCUACUAGAAGAACUCUACCUCACGGACCAGGUCCUCUACCUGAUAAACCUUCAAUGGAUAAAGCAGGAGUAAGAUAUGUCGCCCAAAGUAAUUCUAGUCGCAAUCAUGCAGGUACUGCUAGAGGAUCAUACUUGUCUGAUACUUACAGUAGAAAAUCGAGUACAUGGGAAUCUCCGAAAACGCGGCGUAAAGUUUCAGGUGACUCUGGUUACGGAAGCUCCAAUGGAAAAGAAAGGAUAGGUGGCUUUAGAUAUGGAGAGUUGUCAAAUGGACGACGGUCGAAAUCGCUCUCGAGUUUGGGACCUAAGGAAGAUCUCUAUACACAAAAGAGAGAUCAUGAACCAGAUAAAUACCAAACUAGGCAUAUGUACACUCAGAGAAACACAAACUCCAAACCAACUUUAAAUGGAAGUAGUAUUUCAUGUAGCAGUGGUAUUUAUGGAUCUACAACGCAUGCCGAUUACAGAGAUCCUCGGAAUGAAAUAAUUCCAACUCUGAAUAGCUAUGGGACUAAGUACGGACAAUCGUAUUCCUCGGAAAAAUCAGCAUCAAGCAGGAGCAGUUACAGUAUUGUGCAUGUGGACACAGCUAGAAAAAGUGCCAUAACUGCUCUGCCAGGAUCAGAAAUGAAGUGUGCGAGACAAUCGUCGUUUAGUUCCUCAAAUUCGUCCCCAUCGAACUCGCCUACAGGAAGAGGCAGUUCUGAUGGGUUAGUUGGUCUGCGUAACCUAGGAAAUACAUGUUUUAUGAAUUCCAUCCUCCAAUGUUUGAGUCACACACAACCCUUAACUGAACAACUGUCAAAAGGCUCUCACCUGAAGAUAAUUAACAGCAACAGUUCCAUGAAGGGCAAGCUUAUUCAUGCUUUUGCGGAUCUAAUCAAAUCUAUGUGGAAGCAUGGUUACACUGAUGCAGUGUCUCCGCAUUCUUUUAAGACUCAGAUCCAAAGAUUUGCCCCUCGAUUUAUGGGAUACAACCAACAAGAUGCACAGGAAUUUUUACGCUUUCUUUUGGAAGGACUUCACGAUGACUUGAAUCGAGUCAAAUCCAAGCCAAAGUAUACCCCUUGUGAAUUUGACGACUCACUCAGUCAUCGACAGAAUGCAGAGAAGUCAUGGAAAAGUUAUCUUUCACGAGAUGACAGCUGGAUGACUGAUCUUUUCGUGGGACAGUUGAAAAGCAUGUUGAAAUGUUGUCAUUGUGAUUACACGUCAGUCACCUUUGACCCGUUCUGGGACUUGUCACUUCCCAUACCAAGGAAAUCCCGCCAUUCAUCAUUAUCAUCUUCAUCGUGGUCCGGAAGGCGAUCCAGUGGGGCAAAUGACAGCGAGAUUACCAUUAGAGACUGUAUCCUUACCUUCACCAAGGAGGAAGUAUUGGAUGGCGACGAAAGACCAACUUGCGACAAGUGUAAGGCCAAGAGGAAAUCAACGAAGAAAUUCUCAAUACAAAGAUUUCCGCCAGUCCUUGUUCUUCAUUUAAAAAGAUUCUCAGGUUUCAGUUUUCGAUCCAAGCUACAGACGAAUGUAGAAUUCCCUUUAUCUAAGCUGGAUCUCUCUGAAUUUGCUGCCGACAGCCAAGAGGGUCGGUCAGCGGUGUACUCCUUGUACGCAGUCUCGAAUCAUUCCGGCAGCACCUACGGCGGCCAUUACAUGGCUUACUGUAAACACCCGAUCAGCAAACAGUGGCACUGCUUUAACGAUUCACGGGUGGAUGAAAUUUCUUCAUCACGGGUGCAAGGAGCACAAGCAUACAUCCUAUUUUACGAGAAAGAUGAAAGAAAAUCAUCGCUAUGACAUGAGGUUCAAACCACAAAUGCUGGCAUUUGCUGGGUAUCACCCAAUCCUUUGAAGCGUGACUCUUAAAAGCUUGCGUGACAUUUGCGUGAUCUUUUUUCUACGGGUAUUAGAGAUAGGAGUGGUGAUUUUAUCAUUUAUCCUGAAGGAGAAAAUCUUCUGCAGGUCGAUCUUGAAAACAUUAUUAAAGUAAGGCAUUUGUAUAUCGUA